CUGAGCUUAGCUGUGCUCUGGAUUUGGUUCCCACUCAUAUCUGCCUCCUCUUCUUGCGUGAUGUUAUGUCAAGUGUCUUGGAACCACUAUCCACACAUACCACCUUGUCCUCUUCUCGCUUGUCCCUCUGGUUCUGCUACAUAAGAGAAGCUCCUUCGUUCCUGUUUAGCUUGUCAUUCUCUUUUGACCCAUUACACACUCGCUGUCUCUGUCUCUGUCUCUGUCUGUCUCUCUCCCAUCUCAUGCAUCCAUGCCAUCCGUGUCACCUCCCUGCCAGUGUUUGCAGCUGAGGCCGCAUCUCUCGAACGCCAUCAAGACUAGAUUUUGAACGAGGAGAUCCAAUCUCGCCCUACUUUGUUUGCUUUCCGACUCUCAUCCGCUGGAUGAUUAGGAUAAAAGAGAUGAGUGAGAAAGGGUCGACUCCAUCCCGUGAGGACGACUGCUGAUCGCCUGAACCACCCUUCCCAGCAUCCAAAUAUUUCCCUGUCCUUCGGUGCCCAUGCUCGAUUCCUUCGUUCCUAUGGCUUCCGAUGAGAACCUCACCACGAGCUUCGUCAACCGCAUUCCGAUUGGAAAACCAGUGGUCAUGUCCGCCAGGGGGCUGUUCUUCCCCGCUGAUUCCGCCUUCGUCGAACGGGCUGCCAUGUUUUCGCACGCCGGUGGCCACUUCAGCGGCAUCAUCAACUCCUUCGCUUCGUCUCAACCGGUGGUGGCUCCUUCUUGCGCUGACAUCUCCAGGGAUGUCAUAGGAUCUCAGCUUCAGAAGAUCACGCUGACCGUAUCCGAAGCCAAAGAUGCAUCGCUCCCGCUCCCUCUGGACCAUGAAUCGACAAGUGGGAGUCCAAUCAAGAACCAGAGGAACAAAGCAAGCGCCCAUCUCACCGGAGGUAGCCAAGAAACACGCACCGGUUCAGCAGGUGCACCAGGGGAGUCGUGUCCGAGUGAUCUCGGCGCAAAGAAGAGAAAACCCAUCGAUCCGGACAAGGAAAGGGGUGAGCGAGCACGAAGAUGGCCACGAUCAUCGUCGAGGAACGCAGCAGAGGGCACCGAAGCCAAACAAAAACAAGAGCCGAAACACGUCGACGAUGGCUCGGAGAUGCCCAAGGAGGAUUACGUUCACGUCAGAGCUCGGCGUGGACAAGCAACCAACAGCCACAGCAUCGCAGAAAGAUUGCGAAGAGAAAGGAUAAGCGAAAGGAUGAAGUAUCUGCAAAACCUCGUUCCCGGCUGCAGCAAAGUCACAGGGAAAGCAGUGAUGCUGGAUGAGAUCAUAAACUAUGUUCAGUCACUUCAACAGCAAGUUGAGUUCCUCUCGAUGAAGCUUGCGGCUGUCAAUGCUCAACACAACUACGGCAUGGAAGAGCUUGUUGCAAAAGAGAUGCAUUCCUGCGAUGGCACUUUGUCAGCAGCUGGAUUGCCACAGGAGAUGAUGAUGAUGAUGAUACAUCCUCAGCUACACCCAUCAUCUCAACAGUAUGUUGUUCCGGGUGGGAUCUGUAGCAUGAUGCAGGGUUCCUGGGAGGAAGAACUCAGCGCUGCCAUGAAGCUGACGAGCGGUACUUGUCCUCCCAUCAAUGCUCAAGAUAAUGGUGGGAAGCCUUGUGAUGAUUUCACCAUGUAGGCAGGACUGCAUGCAAACGAAUGCCUUUGCCCAAUUUUUGAGCUGACAUCCGACACUCGCUCAUGUUUGGUUUCAAGCUUCCUCCUAAUGCUGGUAAAAGCUAUUGUUACUGUGUGUUCGUGUGACUUUGAAGA